AUGGCGACGCUGGCGGCGAACGGAGGCGGCGGUGGUGCGCGCCCGGGCGUGGCGCCCGGGAGGCAGAAGCAGUCGGAGUGGACCGGGGUGCGGCCCCGGCAGGGGGGCCGGUGGGCGGCGGAGAUCCGCGUGCCCAACACCCGCGAGAAGCUGUGGAUCGGCACGUUCGAGAGCCCCCGCCUGGCGGCGCUCGCCUACGACGCCGCCGUCUUCUGCUUCUACGGCGAGCGCCUGCCCAAGACCCGCAGGCUCAACUUCCCCGUCGCGCCGACCCCAGAACUCCCCGGCAUCGUGCGCGCCCGCCUCACCGUCGGCAACGUGAAGGCCAUCGCCGAGCAGCACGCCCGCACCGUCGACGCCCUCCUUCCGCCGCCGGGGUUCGCCGCGGCUGCACCUCUGGUGGUGGCGGCGGCGGCGCCGGUGGAGGCCGCGCCUGCUACUUACCAUGGCGUCCCGACCGCCAUGGCUGAUAACAACCUCGUGGCAGGUGCUGCUGAUGACAGCCAAUUCUCCUUCGACGCCGACGUGAUCGCCGGUCUGAUGGGCCUUGUCCCCGGCGAGUACUGA